CUCUCUAGCUUGCCCUCUCCUCUUCCCUCGCUCUGACGCCGUAGAAUCGGUGCCCGCGACUGCUUGGAUGGGACGCCCCGUUUCAACUGCCGUCGCUCGGCCGGAGCCUGUGGCCGGCCUUGACUGCGUCAGGCGUCCAUGCCGCUCCCCAGCGGGAUCAUGGGCGCAGGAGUGACUUGGUGGCGGCGACUGCCACGGCCCACGCCGUGACUCAACGGCUUCCUCCCCUUCCACGUCCUCGCCGAGGAGGAUGAAGAAGAUGAAGAAAAUCUUGGGGCUGGGGAGGAAGAAGAAGGAGCAACAGUCUCCGUCGCGGAGCCGCGUGGUGGCUUCUGCCUCGGCCCCAGCCGCUCUGGGCUGUAGCGGCGGCGACAGCUAUCAGGUGCGGGGCAGAGACCUAAAUAAGCUGCACCGAGCGGCGGCCGAAGGAGACCUCGGGGAACUCCGGCACCUCCUACAGAAACACGACCUCAACGAACAGGAUAAAGCCGACAGAACACCUUUGCAUUUUGCCUGUGCUAAUGGAUAUACAGACAUUGUUACUUUCUUGGUGGACAACAAAUGCCAACUAGAUAUCUAUGAUAAUUGCAAGAGAUCUCCAUUAAUGAAGGCUGUGCAAUGCCAGCAAGAAUUCUGUGCUGUUUAUCUGCUUGAACAUGGAGCAGACUCUAAUCCAAAGGAUAUACACAACAACACUGCCCUCCACUUUGCUGCUUUUAAUUCUAAUAUUUCUAUAGCAAAAUAUCUGCUUGCACAUAAAGCUCACAUUGAAGCACAAAAUGAGGAUGGGAGUACACCUUUAAUGGUUGCCGUAGCUGAAAAUAAUCGAGAAAUGGUAGAGUUUCUUCUUAAAAAUGGAGCAUCUGUACAUGCCACAGAUAAAUUGGGAAGAACUCCGCUAUUGAUUUCUGCCUCUAAUAAAAUACGUGACUUAACGAAUGUUCUCCUUCGUCAUGGAUCAGAUGUUUCCCACAGAGAUGAAAGUGGAUGGUCAGCAAAAGAUUAUGCUAUCAUCAGUGAUGAUCCCAUGCUUAUUGAUAGUAUUGCUGAAUAUUCCAACUGGAAAAAUAGAGAAGAAGACUCCUUUGAUGGUCAAAAAGUCCUAUCUAUAUUAAGCAGUCCAGGAAAGGUUGGAGAUACUGGUAUUACACUAGGUGCUCCUGCUACAAAUAAAGAAGUUUUUGAUAACCACUCUUCUGGAGAUUCAGUAAGGCAUUCUGAAAAAACAGAUGACGAUAGCUGGCUUUCUUCAGAAGAGGAGGAACUAGGCUUCAGUCCCAAGAAAGCAGAAAAACCAAGUUUGGCUCAGCUAAUGAAAGUUGCACAUGACUUCAAGAAAAAAUAUGAGAAAGAUUGCGCUAUCCAAAUAGAAUGUUUAGGCAGUUCACAGCAAAAUAAAGCAGAUUGUGAAUUUGAAGAUUGCAAUGAGUCCCUUCCUAAGCCUUUGUUCCAAGUCAAAACCUCCCCUCGUUCUGUCCAUUCCUCACCUGGCUCCUUUUCCAAAUGUUCCCAGAUGGCUUCAUAUUCUAAACAGGAGAAAUCUUCAAAAGUUGAAGAAGAUAGUGAACAGGAAGAUCAAGGCAUUUCAGAUGUUACCAAUAAAAAAAUUACUGUUAAUAGGCAGUCUUGGAAUCUCUCACCAAAAGCUAAAUCAACAUUGGGCAUGAGCAAAGAUGAAGAAGAGAAGGGUACCGAAUCUCCAUGGGAUUCAGAAUGUACUUCAGAAAGCCCCAGGAAACCAACUAUUAGCCCCAGGAAACCAACUAUUAGUUCUUUGCCUACAUCUCCUGCCAAAACUGGAAUACACAUGCACAGUAUUAUGGAAGAGCCAUGUAAUGGGAAAUCAAGUUUGCAGCCAAGGAUCACAAAAGAAAAUUUGGUACGUGAAUCUCCUGCUCCUGUUUUAAAGCAGGCAAUCAGAGAAAAGCGAAAAUCUGAUUUAAUGGAAGAACUUGGUUUGGAUGAUGCAGACGAUAUUGAAGAUGCAUCUGAUUGGGAUUCUGCCAGCAUUUCUCUUAAGAGCACUCCAUAUGCUAAACCAGCAAAAAUACUGAUGUUGGAGGAUCAUGCAUCUCCACAAUUAGCAAAAACAAAUGUUACAUCUGAAAUCCCAGUUCCUGUGAAAGAAGACUCAGAUACUCAUACAAUAAUUUCUUCAAAAGGUCAGGAAUAUAACGAACACAAAAGCAUCAAAGAAUUUGAAAGUAACAGCCAGGAAAAAUGUCUGUUAGACACAUCCAACUCUGUAGGAAAAUCAACACAUGAAAAGCAGACUGACAAGGCUGAGAUUGAAUAUGCUCAUGAUGAAAAGACAACUGAAGCCCUCAUUCACAGUGAAGAAUCACAUAAUGAAUGCAAUCAUUUUGAUUCAACACACUGGGAAGAAAGAUAUGAAAAAAUGUGGGUUGGAAAUGAAAAAAAGGAAGUCAAAGCAAAUUUUAAGAGCAUUACAGCAGAACUAAAACAGAUGUUUGGUGAAAUUAAUGUUUAUGAGAAAAUCAGUAACACUUCAAGCAAAGGAAGAUCGCAAGAUGGUUUCUGUUGUGCAAUAGAAGGCGUAAAAGAAACAUCACUUCAUCUGCAAAAAAUAAAAAUGGAUAUUCAAGGAAAGGGUGAUAUUGGAGAUGUGAGAUCUGUCAUUGCAGAAAGGGAAGUAAAUACUGAUGACUGGAACACAAAUAAGAACUUACUGUCCAAUAAUGCAAAAGGAACAAAAGUAAAUAUCAGUGAAGAAAGGAGUAACAGUACAAUUACACAGUUGAAAUCAAAUGUGGAUGAAACUACUACAACUUCAGAAAAAUGUCUUGAACGUUCAGUGCAAAGUCAUGAAGACAUUACUAAAGAUACAACUUUUAAAACUAGUAAAACUAUAGAUGCCAAACAACCAAUUAUAACCAACAACUUAUACAAACAUUUUAGUGUAACAAAAAAUUCACGCGAAGAAACUCAAUACCAUUUUAAUAACAGUAUCAACAGUUGUAAUGAUACUGAUACUGAAAGUGGAAAUAAAGUGAAAAAUAAACAAGUAUGUCCUCAAAUAUCCAAAAAAGGUCUGGAUGAAGAAUUAGAAGGUGAUGUUGCAAGAUUUAAGAAAGAGGUAGGAAUACUGCAUUCAGUUUUCCUCGCUUUGGAGAAAGAAAAGGCCCGGCUGCAAAAAGAGAUUGAAGAGGAAAAAAUAAAAAAGGAAUUGGAAUCUGAAGGGAUAAGAAUUGCUAGUGCUGAGAAGUUGGCUGUGAGUAGUGAUGAGAUGGUAGAGCAAAAACAUGCAAUAAGUGAAAUCCAGCAUAUUACAGCAGAAAGUGUUUUCUCAGCAGAUAGAAAGGAAGUAAUUUGUCCAGGUUUAAAAGAUUCAAGAAAAACUGAAAAUAAAAGGCGGAAUUCAAAGCAGAGAGUCAAUCAACAGCUUAGUAAUAGUCUACAUCAACCACAAGAUGACAGCAGUUUGAGUGAAGCGUCUCUUGAAGAAAGAUCUCCAGCCAAAUCUCUGAAUGGAAAAAAUAAGCUUUAUAGAGCAUUGAGUAUUACUAAUGAUCUGGAUGACUUAACUCCAUCUUCAGAUUCAACUACAGAGGAUAGUGAGUUGCCUUCUUCCCUUUACAAGGAAGCUAUAGUGCUGAUAGAACAACUUAGUUUUGAUAGUAAAGCAGAUUCUGUAAGUCUCCUGAAAAUUCAGAAUAUAUUUCAUGGAUAUGAACGGCUAAUUGAACAUGAGAAGGGUCGUUAUUCUCAAUUGCUUGAAAAAGUUAAAAAACUUGAAAAUGAGAGAAAUGAAUGGCAAAAAAUUCGGGAAGAAAUGAGAGAACUGAAAUCUAUAUUGGAUCAUCAAAAAGUAGAAUAUGAAAGUGAUAUCACCAAUCUCAAAUUUUCUUUGAAACAAGAAGAAGAAAAAAGAAUGGGUACUGAAAUGCUAUAUGAGAAAAACCAAGAACAGUUAAGGAAGAAAGAGGAGCAGUACUGUACACAGAUGGAAGAAAAACAACAGCUUGAAUUAAUGCUGAGAAGCCUAGAAAUGGAGUUAAAAACACUCAAAACCCACCUGAAACAGGUUGAAGAAGAACGUAAUGAAACACAGAGACAACUCUGUCAAGAACAAAAUGCCAGAGCUCUACAAGAAGAUAUUUUAAAUACCCAUUUCUGGAGGCAGAAGGAAUUAGAAGAAGAAUCAAAGAAAGUAGCUACUAAACACUCAGAGAUGACUGAUAAUCAUGACCAUGAAAAAGAAUUAUUACAUAGAAAUCUAAUACUCCAAGAUGAACUUGCUGUAUUAAAAUUAGAACUUGAUCAUAUAAGGAUUCGGCAUCAGGAGGAAGAAAGCAAAUAUUUAGAAGAAAAUGAAACUUUGAAAGAAAAAAACGAAGAACUUAAAAAAGAACUGAAACUAAAUGAAGAAGCUUUGACUCAAACAGUUUUUCAGUACAAUGGACAGAUGAAUGUAUCGAAAACAGAGGUUGCAAUGGUAGCAUCCAAAUUGGAACAUAUAAAAGAAAAUAAAGAAAGAUUGGAAAUAGAACUUGAUUCACUGCGCUCUCGUUUGGGUUCUACUGUUCAGGAACUUGACCGUUGUCAGGUAACAAAAAAUGAUCUUGAACGAUUGCUUCAGCGAGAACGUGAUGAAUGGCUCCGCUUAAAAGACAAAUUGAAUCAUGAUAUAUGUACUCUGCGAGAAAUAAAUAGUAGCAUGUCUCAACAGUUAGGGAAAGCUGAAAGUAAAACUAAUAGUCUAGAAAAUGAGCUUCACCACGUAACUCACAAUCUCAGAGAAAAGAACUUGCUGUUAGAUAAUACUCAAAGAGAUCUAAACCAGGCACAGUGCCAAGUGAAAGAACUUGAAAAUGCACAGCAAGUUGCAAAGGAUCAAAUAAGCAAAUACAUAAUAAAACAGGAAUCUAUGCAAGAACGUUUAGCACAGCUCCAAAGUGAAAACCUCUUAUUUCGACAACAAUUUGAGGACUUUCAGAACAAGGGCAUUAUCAAAGAAAAAGUUGUGACUGAUGUUCAAGACAAAUUCAAUGAUAUUUUUAAUAAACUCAGAGCUGAUACUGAAAAGCAAGUUCAGAUGAUGGAAGAGAGAAAUAAGGAAUUAAUCACAAAAUGUAAUAAUUUAAAGGACCAAGUCAUUAAAUAUGAAACAGACAAAAUAGACAGAGAGAGUGUAAUAAGGCAACUGCAGCAAGAACUUGCAGAUUCUCUUAAAAAGCAAUCCAUGUCAGAAGCUUCGCUGGAAGUUUCAACACGUUAUCGUAUUGACUUGGAGGACGAUAAACAGCAACUCCUGAAGGAAAUAGAAAGGAUAAAAUGUAAGCUGCAAGAUUCAGAAGAACAGAAUAUCCACUGUGAAAGAUCUGCUCAUGAACUAAGACAUGCUUUGGAUGCUAAGGAGCGUGAAGCAAGUGUGGCAUCUCAGAAACUACAGGAUCUUCUAUUAGCAUCAUCAGGAGCAAGUAAUGCUAUAAAACAAUUAGAAGAGCACAUACAGAGACUUGAAAUAGAAAAUGCCAGAUUGGAAGCUACAACGAACCAGCAAACUAAUAGAAUUGAGAUACUUCAAAAAGACCUACAGGAUAGUGCUUCUGUUCAUAAUCGUCUUGAGGAAUUAAUAACUGGCUUACAAACAGCAAAGGUCAGUCUAGAGGAACAACUAAAUCACCAGGUCCAGAAGGAAAAUAUGCUUUCAGUAACUGCACAAGAUGCUCACAAUAUGUGGGAAGAAGAACUGAAACUGAAAUCAAAACUUGGGAUUCGCCUUUCUGAGCUUGAUAGGGAAAAGACAGAAAUAAUAUCUCAGUUUGAGAAUGAAAAGAAAAAAGUAAAGAAGGUACUAGAAUUGAAACGAUCAGUGGAAAUGCGACUAGAACAAGAAAUGAAAAGGAACAGCGAAUUACAAAAAGAAUAUCAUGGAAUCAAAAAACUUCUAAAAACAGCUAAAAAGAAGUUAAAAGAGUAUGAAAGUGGAGAGAGUUCAUCUCAAAUCAGCUUACAUGGAGAAAUGAAGAAUAAAUAUUCAGAAAUUGACAUUGAAAUUGGAAAACUAAGAAAAAAGGUCGAUGAACUUUCUCGCCACUUGGAGGUUGAGUCAGUAAGAUGCACCCAGCUGGAGUCUACAAAUUGUGAACUACAUGAACAAUUAUCUUCUAUGAAGAUACUCCAUAAGAAUCAUGAAAAACUAGAAAAAAGCAAAUUGCAGCUAGAAGAAGAAGUAGCUAACCUCAAACGCCAAGUACAGGGUAAUUUAAUAGACCUCAGCCAAGUGGAACAGUAUAAGAGAGAGAUCGAAGAACGAGCUAGACAAGAAAUAAGACAAAAACUGGAAGAAGUCAAUUUCUUUUUGCAGACACAGGCUGCCUCUCAAGAAACUUUGGAACAGAUAAGAGCUACUAGUAAUGCUUCUUUGAGAAAUCAAUUGGAGAACAGAAUUAGAGAUUUAGAAUCAGAGUUGACCAAACUUAAAAACAGCCAGCAAGAUAACAAAUUACAAAAAGAAUCUACACAUUCAGAAUUGGAAAGAUAUAAAGAACUGUAUUCAGAAGAACUAAAAAUACGGAAGUCUUUCGGGAGCAAAUUGGAUCGAGCUAAUGAGAAAUUAGCAGAAGCCAAUGCUAAACUCUUUCAGGAGCGUCACAAAAGCAAGUCAUUACUUGCCAACAGCUUUAUAAGUGGCAGCCUUUCUUCAAAUCCUGUCUUGGAAACAGUUCAGAUUGGAAAUCUUGGCAGCAAUUUAGCAUUAAAUAGAUCUCCUAGCCUUGGAGGAGGAAUCCUGAACACAAGUGGAACUGCAUUAGCCUCAAAAAACAGAGUGGAAGCUUACUUAGCAAAGAUGCAGAUGGAAUUAGAAAAAAAUAUCACCAAAGAACUGGAUCAAGCUAAAGUUGAACUUGAUGCUGGAUCUGUUAGAGUCUCCCCUGUAGGAUCAGUUGAUGGAUCUUCAAAAAACCCAAAUAAAGACCAAGAUCAAGUUUCCAAGGCAACACAGCAGUAUCUAGAUGUUUUAAAGAAAAACUAUAUGAUUUGAAUAAACUCUGCAAACUUGUAGAUUUGACUUUGUUGCAUAACUUUUCAAUGGGACACUUAUCAGGCACAGUGCACUUGUAUCUGGAAAAAUACUUCAUAGUCCUGAAGACCCCCCUUUGUAAUAUGUCCUCCCCGCCCCCAUAUUUUUUCUUUGGCAAAUUCAUACUAGUCUACGUCUUACAGAACCGCUUGUUACUCUUUCAAGUUUUGUAAGUAUAUGUAAAUUAUAACCAAAGCCCUUCCUGAAAUAUUUACAUACACCUGCUUGUAUUCAUUAAUUUGCAUGUUGUCAGGUAAGAUACUGUGCUUUUCUGAUACAUUUACUUUAUGCCCUCAAUUGCAUUCCAUACACUGGCAAUUCCUACUUUUGUUAUUAAUCACUUUCACAUAGGUACAGCAUUAAGCAUUCCAUACUGAUAAUAUGCCAUGCCAGCAGUAGCACCAAGAGACUUCUGAUUUGUAUUUUUAAGUAGUGCUGAAAAUGCACUGAUGAUUUAAUUGUAACAGGAGAACUAGCAGCAUUUUGUAUAUCCUGAACUAGUGGUUAUCUUCUACCUCCAGGUUGUUGUGUUUUUUUAAUUUUUCAGGGGUGGUGCUACAAGGUAUCUGGUGUCCUUUAGAUAGAAAACGUUCAGUGAUACAGCGUGUGCAGAGUUUAGAGUUUCUGGAAAUUCUAUUAAUUUUGAAAGUCAGCAAGUAAAAAGCUUCCAUAAAAACCAGAUAAACCACAACUUUAAGCAUCCCCAUUCAUUAGAAGAAUAGUAGCUGGUAGCAGAAUGAAUUCUGUUUCUUAAUUGUCCUGACCCAGCCGAAGGAGUGGAAGGAUCUUCCACACUAAACCUCAGAAGGGGGAUGGAAAGGGAAGUUUCAUUCAUAAAGUUGGAAAUCAUCCUCACUAUAUGAUUACAUUCCAUUAUUUAAAAUGGAAUAGUAAACUACAGUGGCACAAAGCCCGUCAUUUUUUUAAGAAAUUAAAAAUAUUUUUCAUUAUUUAUGCAGUGUAUUUAAUGUGACUUAUUUAAUAAAAUUUAAAAAUCACUGAUGUUUCUGAAUGUUUUUCCCAGUUUCAAAUUUUCAUUUUCCUAUGUUCUAAGCUAUAACUUU